AUGGAGCACCUGAAGAACAUCUCGCCCAUCGACGGGCGGUACAAACAGGCGUGCAGCGAAGUGUCGGCCUUCUUCUCCGAGUAUGCGCUGAUAAAGCAUCGGAUCAUCGUAGAGGUGCGGUGGCUCCUAUUCCUCAACGAGAAGGAGCUCUUCUUCGAGAAGCUAAGUGACCAAUCAGUGGAGGAGCUGAACCAGAUAGUCACAAACAUAACGGACAGGGACAUAGAACGAGUGAAAAAGAUAGAGGAGGAGACCAAUCAUGAUGUAAAAGCAGUAGAAUAUUUUGUAAAGGAAAAAUUGAGCAAAUCGAAAAGGGAAGACGUGGGAAAGAUAAAACAGUAUGUACAUUACCUCUGCACCAGUGAGGACAUCAACAAUGUAGCUUAUGCUAUGUGUCUGAAGGGGUGCCUAAACGAUGUAGUCAUUCCAUGCAUAGAGAAAAUAAUGCUGAAGUUAAAGCAGCUAGCUGUGGAGUACUCCGACGUGGCACUCCUGUCGAGGACACAUGGACAGCCUGCAUCUUCUACCACCUUCGGAAAAGAAAUGGCAAAUUUUUACUCCAGGAUAUGCCACCACGUAGGAAUCAUUAGAAGAGUGAAAAUCUGUGCAAAGUUUAAUGGAGCUGUAGGCAACUUUAAUGCACACAAAGUGGUCAGUAAAGAAACCGACUGGGUAGGAAGCAUUAGAGUAUUUCUCGAAAGAUACUUCCAUUUAACAUACGGAUUGUAUUGCACACAGAUACAGGACCAUGAUUAUAUAUGUGAGCUGUGUGAUGGUCUGGCUCGUGCAAACGGUACCCUCAUUGACCUCUGUGUAGACGUCUGGUUAUACAUCUCUAAUAAUCUGCUAAAGCUUAAAUUGAAAGAGAAGGAAGUUGGGAGCAGCACGAUGCCACAUAAGGUUAACCCGAUUGAUUUCGAAAAUGCAGAGGGGAACCUACACAUGGCCAAUGCUUUCUUCAAAUUGUUCAGUUCGAAAUUGCCAGCCAGCAGAUUACAGAGGGACCUCUCUGACUCCACUGUUUUGCGAAACAUUGGAAGUUCGCUUGCCUAUUGCCUCAUUGCCUACAAAUCGGUCUUAAAGGGACUUAACAAGAUAGACAUCGACAGGAAAAGCUUAGACCACGAACUUAAUAAUAACUGGUGCACCCUCGCAGAACCAAUCCAGACUGUCAUGAAGCGGUACAACUACUCUGAUGCAUAUGAGGAGCUCAAGCAAUUCACAAGAGGGAAAAUAAUCGACAAGGAGAUUAUGCAAGAAUUUAUUAAAACAAAAUGCAACUUCCUCCCUAAGGAGGUUGUCCACCAAUUGUUGGAGCUAACUCCUGCGACGUAUACUGGAUACGCAGAGUACUUGGCCAAGAAUGUGGAGCGGCUAUCAUCGGGGGGGGAGCUCGAGUAG